AUGGAUUGGAGAAAACUUUUUGGGAGUUCAACCAGUCAAUCCCUAAACUACCAUCCCCCGACUAUAAGAGAUGGGAUUCCAACGAUCAAUCCUCCUCCAGAGAUCCUAGAAGCCGGAAUCUCCGAGUGGAAAUCAUCUUUAGUGGGGCAGUUUCUCAGACCAGCGCCUAAUUUCACAACAUUGGAAAGAAUUGUUGACUCGCUGUGGACGAAAGCUCUGCAAGGUUCACGUGUUCAGGAACCCUAUCUUAAACGUUUGAACUUUGAUUUGUCCAAAAUCCCUAUCUGGGUUCAUCUGUUCAACGUUCCUUUAGAACUUUAUUCACAAGCAGGCUUAAGCUAUAUUGCUAGUGGCAUUGGUAUUCCUAUCUCGAUGGACUCGGUUACAACCUCUAAAACUAGACUAGAGUUUGCAAAGAUCUGUGUUGAAAUAGAAGUUGAAGAUGUCAUUCCCAAAACCUUAGAAGUUGUUCUUAAAGAUAACAUAACCACUUCGAUUCACAUAGAGGUUCCUUGGUUGCCUCAUUGCUGCAGGAAAUGUAAGGUGUUUGGUCAUAAUGAAAAAAUCUGUCUGGUCAAAACUAACACAAAUCCUACCCAAGUUUGGAAGAGAAAAUUUGAUUCCAAUUCUAAUUCCACUUCCACGCUAGUAGAACCAGAACUCUCUAAGGUUCAAGUUGUUACUAAUUUUGAUCUUGUUGUAUCUAUUCAUGAGACGAUUAACGCAUCUAAUCCUAACUGUGCUGAUCUAAAUGAAGUUCUACCUGAUUCCUUUGUUGGCUGCCAAAUAAAAGAUCCUGCAAGUAAAUCUGUUCCUACUGACUUUACAUGUACUGUUCCUAAUGAAGUUCCAUCAGACUCAAAUGAUGGCUCUCAUGAUAAAGUUUAUGUAAUUCCUACUGACUCCAUUCCUCCAUCUAAAGAGGGAACAUCAGUUCCUAAAAAAGUUAGAGGAACACCAACUAAGGAUAAAGCCUCUUUCGCAGGCUCAAGCAAUAGAUUUGAAAUACUUAACUCGGUUGAAGACAACUACUCAACUCUCGAUGUGCCUCAAAGAGCAAGUCGACAUGCUUCCAAGGGUGUAGCCAAACUGGCCCUCCUUCUCAAUGAUUGUGGUGACUUCAACAUCACUCUGCACCCUUAUGAAUCUUCAGACCAUGAAUUGUUAUUCCCUUCCUCCUCCCCUGAAAUGAAAGAAUUCCAGGAAGUCUCCCAAGAUCUUAACCUCUAUGAUAACCCCUUCUUUGGUCCUCUUUUCACAUGGAGCAAUAAGCAAUCUGGUUCCUAUCUUGCUAGAAAGCUUGACAGGGUUCUUAUUAACUCAAAUUGGGCUACAACUUUUCAUAACUCUGCUAUUGAAUUCUUAGCUCCAGGAGUUUCAGACCACUGUAUAACUAUGUAUCCUACUGCCCUUGGUAGUCCCAUGAAGGUUUUGUUCCUCAAACUCAAACGCCUCAAGAAUGAACUUAAAAAUCUCAACAAUUCUUGCUACAAUGAUUUACCUUCUCGGGUCAAGGCUAAGAAGCUUGAAUUAGAAAAACAACAACUUGUUUCUUUAAAGGGUGAGGAUUCUUUUGAUAAAGAACUACAAUUACAAAAAGAUUUACUUAUCCUUGAAGAAGCCGAGCUCAUGUUCUUGAAACAAAAAGCAAAGGUUCAAUGGAUCAAACAAUGGGACAGAUGCACUAAAUACUUCCACUCUGCAGUAGCUGUUAAGAAAAAGAAGGAUACUAUCCAAAAUGCUCAUUAG